AUAAUAUUGUCGUUUUAUACAGGAGCCUCUGUUGUGUCAUUUAGAAUUUUACCAAACAAAACAAUAACAACCUCUUGAAUUAAGAAACAAAAUAAAUUCUAUAUAAGUUAUAAAUACAAUGAAGAUUUAUUAAUUUCAACGUACUGUUAUUUUUCUUCCAUAAGUCUGGUUACGUGUGUUUAUAUUCACAUAAAAAUGGACGAUGACGAUUACUGGAAUACUAGUGAAACAAAAGCACAAGCAUUAAGUUUCGACGAUGAUGUUCUGUCAGCUCAAGAGAUCAUAGCAAUUGGUCAGACACCAUCCAUAGGUAAAGAUGAAGACAGCAUUUUCAGUACCAGUAAUGUGAAGACUGCACUGUUACCGCUAUCCAGUCUUGUGUCACCUAAAGUAUUGGAUUUAAUCCUCAUAGCACAAUCUGGGAAAGAACCAUACAAGGAAUCAAAGUCAGAACCAGAAGAAACUGUUGCAGUGACACUCAAGAGAUUGGUUCUUGGUCGGAAUUGUACCCUCCAUGUGCACAGAAGUAUUAAGAGCAAGAAAGAAUUACUUGAUGGUGCUAUAGCCAUCGGGGAUGGAAAUGCCAUACUGAGUGUGGUACUGUUUUUGAUUCAAACCUUAAACAAGAAAUUAGUUUAUGAACUACUGUCAUCUCGCCCAUUAGCUUUAAAUCAUUAUAUAAGUUUCUUGCAAAAUGAGGGAAAGAUAACUGAACUGACAGAUUUACUUACUAUGCUCGGAAGGAGUUCAGAGGCUGCAAUUUACCAGUACCAACAUCAUGUGAAAACUCAAGGCAACAAUGUUGAUGGUUUGAUCAAGAAACUAGCGAACUUGUUGGCGAACCACUUUAGUCAGCCUGCAGUGGAUGCCCAACAGUCGAAAUUAGUCGCAGAUUAUGUUAAGUUAUUAGAAUGGCAGAAAUACGUCAACAAGCAAGAACUGAACAAUACCUCGCCAUUACACUGUCUGGCGUAUUGUUGUACUAACCACUGGCACGAGACAGCUGGCAACAUGAUGUCCCCAAUGACAGUUUGUCAGCGACAGCAGAUCAGUCCCCUACAGUAUGACUGGGUUGUGUUGAAUGUCCACGCGAAAUUAAACAAAUGGGAUAUAGUGGAAACUUUAUUCACGAAAAAGGAUUGGCUGGGCCGCACAACAGUGUCGUCACACAUUCCAAUCGAAACCUUACUAGGCCGCCUGAGCGAGUUACAAGCAAGCAUGAGGCUUAUGGCCACAUGUGUCAAUAAAGUGGCCAGUGCAGACGAUAGAUUGAGAUUGGCACAGAUGUAUAAGAUACAUUCUGUCGUGAUAGAAACAUUUGCUAAACAAAAGGACAGAAUAGCAUUAACAAGUUAUAAGAUGACACUGAGUCCGCAAUCUGAGGAAUAUAUAUUAGCCGAAAAUACUCUGAGGGAUAUGUCCAUCAAAUGGAAAAACUAAUAUCAAUAAAUCGGACACGAAACUGGCUUCUUCAUCAGUGUUUUGUACUUUUAUUGCAAGUGUGACAUACGGUUAACAAGUGAGUGUCGAAUUCUUUUGCAUAGUAUUCCGUGACAAUACUACAUAAGAAAUAGUAACGUGUAAAAAUAUAAUAGUUGUUCCACCAAAACCAAUCACUGACUUUUGUUUUUUUUAUGUUAUAUCUUCUAUGAUGUUUGUAUUCUUACAUCUAUGAGCGUUAAUAAGAAGACAAAAUAGAUCAUAGAACAAUUAAUAUAUUUAAUAUUUACUAUUUUUUUAAAGAUAUGAAGGCAGUAAUAUUACUAAUAUUACUGUCUUCAUAUCUUAAAAAAAAGACAAAAUGUUCAAUAAGUGUUUAAUUUUAAGCAUAAAAUGCUAAAAAAGAAAAGAAUAUUAUAAUAAAAGGUAAUAGAAAUAUAA